CAACUGUUCUUUACUGGGCUUUUACACCCAGCCACAUAACCCAGAAUAUAAAGGCAGAUGAUGCACAAUAUCUGCUUUGAACUGGGUUAUCUGAGUCCACAUUACCAUAUAAUCCAGUUCAGUGUGGAUUUUAUACAGCUGUGUGGAAGGAAGGGGCUUCAACUGCUCAGUCCAGAGGCCUACUUUGUCCCACAGCGCUUGGUUUCUGUGGAGAAUUCUAUAGGAACACCGUCCAUUUUGUAUCUGUCCACGCCUCCUCUCAAAGGUCUGCACCUGCUGGUCACCAUGAGGAAUAUGGGGAUCUUCCAGCUCAUGAUGAAGAAGAAAGAACUUAUUCCUCUGAUUGCAUUUGUCUCCUUUGCUGGAAUAGGAGCAACGCUGGCGAGUCUCAAUGCUAUGAGAAAAUCUGAUGUGAUUUUUAACAAGACUGGCAACCCAGAACCAUGGGAACAUGUGAACCCUACCCAACCCCAAAAGCUGAUAACAAUCAACCAGGAAUGGAAGCCCAUAGAAGAGCUGGAGAAAGUCAAAAAAAUGAUGAAGUGAUGGGUGCCUGCCUCUUCACGUGACACUCUAUGAAUCUAGUGGAAUCACUUCCGCACAAACUAGAUGAAUGAAACCAGUGUGCGGAAAUGCUUCUGCUACAUUUUUAGGGUCUCCCUCCAGCUUUUUGGACUUUAGACAUUACAGUUUGUUUUUCAGAAGUUUCCCUGCAUACAUCCCCAAAGUCCAAAAAUAACGGGAUUUGCUUGCACUUAGAACAGCCAUGUUUGCCUUGAAGAAAGAUGUUCAGCGUUCUCUGCAUUCUUGAAGUAUAUAUAAUGGCCUUUAUCCAUUUGUGAGCCUUAAAAGAGUUGAACUAUUUUUGUCUGAGGUUAUCCUGUAGCUUUAUGUUUUCAAUAAAGUUGUUUAAACCUGGAA